CGAAUCUUUAUCAAAAAGCUCAAAAGCUCGAAGCCAAACCCACCACGGCCACUCAACCCCACCUUCAACCGCCUCACCCUAUAUCCUCCCACCACCACCCUCCUCUUCCCUCCUCUCCUUCCUCCCUCCUCCGCCUCAGAGACCGCAAUCGCAAAUUAAAGGUCUUUUUUCUCCUCCUCCUCCUCCUCCACGUCUUCUCCCCCUCCUACAGUACAUCUUCCCCAGAAGGAUGUUUUCGUCCAUUCGCAGAACGUCACGGUUCCUCCGCCUGCGUGUCGCUCCCUCGACUGUCUUCGUUCCUUCUUCCCUUACUCUUGUUCACCAUGCUCCAGCAGCAGCAACAUCCAACUUUGUCCGCACAAUGGCGUUUGUCCGGGAACCCAGCAGGCGCAACCUCCCUUCCGUGAUGGAUAUGUCCGAGCACGAGGCGAUCCUCGAUGACGCUGAGCAUGAGGUCGCAACCUCUGAGGCGGGCAUCGUCCGAUUCCAGGAUUUGGCCGACAAGCAAAUCAUCGACCCCCGUGUCGUCAAGAACAUCACCGACGGUAUGCAGUACGAUGAGAUGACCAAGGUCCAGCGCAGAACCGUUACCUCGACGGUCAAUGGAGACGAUGUCCUCGCGCAGGCCAAGACCGGAACUGGAAAGACUAUUGCCUUCCUCCUACCAGUAUUACAACGAUUAAUCACCUCCCCCGAACCCAUCCAGCCCAGAAGUACCGAUAUCCGCGCUAUAAUCAUCUCGCCAACCAGAGAGUUGGCUAUCCAGAUCCACACCGACGCCCUGAAGCUGUGCAAGGGAACUGGCAUCGUCUGCCAGGCCGCUGUCGGAGGAACCGGAAAGUCUCAGGCCGUUCUGCAGAUGCGCCGUGAGGGUUGUCACAUUCUGAUUGCCACCCCUGGACGUCUGAAGGAUUUGCUGCAGGACGGGCGCGCCGGUGUGAAUACCGACAAGGUUGAUACACUUGUGCUUGACGAGGGUGAUACUCUGUUGGACCAAGGAUUCGCGGACUCUAUCGAUGAGAUCAUUCGGAUGCUUCCUCCUGCGGGUUCGCCGGUGCGUCGUGGCGCUGGAAGACAGUCGAUGGUCUUCUCCGCUACUAUGCCGCAGAAGGUUCUCGAGAUGGUCCGCCGCACGCUCCGCAAGGAUUAUAAGUUCUUGAAGAUGGUUGACAAAGGUGAGACUGCGGUGCAUGACCGUGUCAAGCAGCACCUCAUCAAGUGCCGUGGCUUCGAGAACAUCUUGCCCUCGCUCUACGAGCUUGUGAUGAAGAACCUCGACCUGGCUGAGAAUGACGGAGAGGCUGGCGUUGUUGCUGAGGAUUCAGCCGAGGAGAAGGAACCUUUCAAGGCGAUUGUCUUCUUCCCCACCACUAAGUUCGCCGCUCUCGCCGCUGCUACUUUCCGCAACUUCGAGCACAGCGAAGGCGCCCACCCUCUCUACAGGCGCGUGAAGAUGACCGAGAUCCACUCCCGUCUUUCCCAGAGUCAGCGCACCAGGGCUGCCGAGAAGUUCAAGAGUGCCAAGAGCGGUAUCCUCUUCGCCAGUGAUGUCGUUGCCAGAGGAAUGGACUUCCCCCACGUCACCCACGUCAUCCAGGUCUGCGCGCCUUCAAACCAGGAGCAGUACAUCCACCGUCUCGGACGUACCGGUCGUGCUGGACGUUCCGGUGUCGGUUACAUCAUGCUCACCGAGUCAGAGCUCGCUGAGAAGAAUGUCAGCGCGAUCCUCCAUGGCAUGAAGAUGGACGACACACCUCUUGGAACAUCCGGUGUCGACUUGCAGACCGAACAGCAGCUCAGCAAGUCCGCUCUCGACGCUAUCAAGUCGGUGACCGAGGCAAGUCUUAGGACCGACGUCAAGGAGCGUAGUGACGCUUACAUGAGUUUGUUGGGUUACUUCACCGGUGUCCUCGGCGACCGCCAGGCUCUCGUUGACGGCCUCAACCGUUGGUCUUCCCUCGGAUGGGGUAUGAAGACUCCCCCUCACAUCUCCCCCAUGAUGAUCAACAAGCUUGGUCUCUCCAAGGUCCGUGGCUUGAACGAUGCCUACGUUCCUCGCGAGGAGCGUGAGGAUGGUGGCUUCUCGUCCGGCGGCAGCAGCAGAGGAGGGAUGAGUGGUGGCCGUGGCGGUUUCGGUGGUCGUGGUGGAGGACGUGGUGGCAGCUCUUUCGGAGGCCGUGAGCGCAGCAGCGAGCGUCCCGCUUUCGGUGACCGCCCCGCUUUCGGUGACCGCCCCGCUUUCAAGCCCCGUGGCGACUUCGGUGGCCGUGGCGACAGGCCCAGCUUCGGUGACCGUGGUGACCGACCUGCACCCAGCUUCGGCGACCGUGGCGACAGGCCUAGCCGUGGAGGCUUCGGUGGUCGUGGUGGCGGCCGUGGUGGCAGCUCUGGAGGCCGCGGCGGUGACAGGAACAGAGCACCCUGGAUGGGACGUGGCGCUCGCGAGGAGGGCGGUGAGCGGAGACAGCGGUAUUAAAAAUUUGACGACAUCACGAUCUUGAAUGAGGGCGUCAGAUAGGGGUAUGAGUGUUUGGGUGCUGUCUUUCUUCACAUUCUUCGUCUUCUUGUACUAUUAUAUGGCAUCUGCCAUUAGAUAUGGUGGUUGGUUGGUUGGUUGGGGUUUGCUUCAUCUCGGUUUGUUUUCUUCAUGUAUUUCCUUUCACUUCGUUACUGCUGCUUAGACGGAUGCUGUAAGAUAUAUCUCUGACCCUUCUUCUUUUUUUGGUCUGCGCUUAUGUGUUUUUUAUCCCUGGGCUUCAUUUCGAGUUUGUUUGGGGGUUGGCUGGCUGGUGACGGAAAAGGACGGGGUUAAUGUUUUCAUAAUUCAUCAUGUAGAAAAGUUUUGCGAUUUGUCUGUACUAUCAUAGAGAAGAGGUAGGGGGAAAGGAAAGGGUGAAUGGAGAAGGAAGGAUGGGGAUGGAUGUUUCUCUGCUCCAUUUGAGGCCUUUUGCGUGAACGUGACAGUAUCGGAAUGGG